AUGUCUGUUUCAACUGAAGUUGUUAUAACAACAGUCAAUUGCGUAUUUAUCAUCACCUGCAUUGUUGGCAACUGCUUCCUUUGUGCUGUUGUGUUGAAAAAUCAGGAAAUGAGGUAAAAAGAAGUAGUGCUUGUUAAUCUAAACCUAACUCGCAAUGAUAUAGGGGCGCAAUGAUGUCGUACACCGCUGCAUACUCUAUCGUUGUGCACAAUACCCAGGCGAAGCAUGGGCCAUAAAUCGUAGGAGAACAACGAGGUUUUGUCUUCACAGUAUCGACCGACUCAACCGAAGCGGAUGUCACAGGGAACGGGGAACGGGGAGCGGGGAAAGAGAAUGGGAAACGGGAAAAUGAGAAAUGGGAACAGUGACUUCAUUUCCAAUUCGCUGCUUUGUUCCUAUUUUUUCAAUUUCCCGUUCUCCGUGCUUGUUCUUCGACCCCAAGUUCCUCGUUUUAGUAACAUCCCAAACAAAGGUUAAUACAAUGUUAUCUCUGGGCUUUCUUUCUUUGGAACAAAAAAUAUGCCGGUGUUUGACAAAGGUCUUUACAGAGGCUUUGUAGAGAAGCACAAGUGAAGGAAGAGGAUAGAUCUUGCAUUUAAACUUUGGUCCGUGAAGUAAGUCACGAACCUAACAUUGACCAACCACAGAAAGAGAAACUGCCUCAGCCAUAUAAUAAAAUAACAUUGCAUUGUGUGCUUAUUUACUUAGAUAAUUUAGACUCAUUAUCCAUAUAUAGUGUCGAAUUAUCCGUCUCCCUUCGAACCAAUCAUGUAACGAAAUUGUGCUUCGGCCACCGUUUUCCACAGGACACCCGUCAACUAUCUACUUGUGAACCUGGCAGCAGCUGAUAUUUGUUACGCCACAUUCAUUAUACCGACGAUUAUCUUAAGCCAUAAUGUUGGCCAUCCAGAAGGCGUUACUGGAACAGUUUUGUGUACGAUUAUUACCGGAGGGAACUUAGCGUGGAUUGGCGGACAUGCCUCAAUGGCUACCUUGCUCGUUAUUGCCGUUGAACGAUACUUGGCCGUGAUACAUCCCCAUGGGAAUAAAGGAAAACUCACGUUUCGGAGAUUGAAGGUUUGUUAG